AUGGCUUCAGUAAAACCAGUCAAUCUCCCAUCGGUGAGGCACCCGAGUCACAACCAUCCUCUGCGCAUCUUUAAAGCACAAAAAGAAGAUGAGAUCGUAUGCUCUGGAUGCGAGCUCGAUCUAACCGGUCAAGCUUUCAAAUGUACCAAGUCAGACUGCGAUUACUUCUUGCACAAGUCAUGCUUCGACCUACCCCGUGAAAUCAAUCACAAGUCUCACCCUGACCACCCUUUAACCUUGUUUCAUUCCCCACCAUAUGGUCAGGCUUACGGGUGUGAUGGGUGCGGUCAGUAUGGAUCUGGUUUCACUUACCAUUGCUCUGAGUGUCAGUACGAUGUUCAUGUGGGAUGUGCGUUUAUCCCUGAGACCGUGGUGCGUGAAGAUCACCAGCACCCACUCACUCUACUUUACAAUACACCGUGCAAGGGUCGUGAGGAUGUGGUGUUCAUAUGUGAUGUUUGUGAAGAAACUGUGUCAGAGAAUCUUUGGGUUUACUAUUGCAAAGACAAAGAGUGCGAUUAUGGAACGCAUGUGCAUUCUUGUGCGGUGCCAAAGAAAGAAGGAGGAGGAGAAGAAGAAGCGAUCUUGGAAGCUUUAAGGAUGGAGUCGUUGAGGAAUGCUCGACAAGAGUUGGAGGCGAUGCGUAUUACAAAUAAAAUCAAGAAUUCUGUAAUCCAUUUUGGGGAUGAACCUGAGCGGAGAUAUUAUUGGGUGAGAAAAUGA